AUGGUGGUCAACACAGAAGUGUUGCUUCGGGCUUGGAGGGAAAGAUGGUCUCCUUUGCAGUGGCUGGUGGAAGUAAAAAAGGUAGCAGGCAAAGACAGAGAAGAGCUGCAGGAUUUAGCCGGUAAUUUUUCAUUCACAGUCAAUUAAGUUAGUCUGUUAAAAGUUGACAUGAACGCACGUAGUGAAGGCUGGUUCCAUGUUGUUCAUGACUGUUCUAUUAUCUGUUUUCCCUCUUCCUUACUAAGUAUGGCUAGCGUAACACUAAUUUAGGUUAAUUAAACUUCGUAGCGUGAUUGUUUGCGUUGAUAUAAUAUAGACAGAGAAAUUUGUAAAAUCCACUUAAACUGCUGUCCGUGAAUGGGCCGGGAUUUAAGAAGCCUUUUGAAAGUGAUCAUUAACAAACAGUCAAAAUAAAAUCAGUCGAAAAAUAAUAAUAACAAUGGAAAUAAACGACCAAUUAAGAUAAGUACUAUAUAAUGAAUUUAGAAUGGAUUUUUGGAACUAUUUUAAUUGUUACCGGUAUUGUUUAUGUCAUAUAAUAUUGUUUAUGUCAUAUAAUUUUAGCUUUGGUUUAAUAGAAUUCAUUUGUUAGUUGUUAAGGCCACCUAUUGUGUUGGGUUAGGAACAGUAUAAAAUUCUAAGCAUUAAGUGCCUGGUUUAGUAAUCAGGGUAAUGUGUUUGGUGUAGCAAUUAAAGUUAACCUUUAUUUGAAACUGUUUAAGGUGGCUCCGUAAUUAAUACAAGAGCAUUUAACUGUGACAAAUUUUCCGUCAUAACUUUUUGGUUUUUAACGCGCUGGCUGCGAAACUUGGCAAAGAACAACAGAUAUCAAUCGGCAAUAACACAAAAUAUUCCGAUUUCACUGAUGGUAAAUAUUUCUUGAGAAAUUAGUGCUUAAAAGGACCCUACUGUUCAAAGAAAAUCGCGUCUAGUAAAAAAUUUUGCUGAUAUUUUUUACUGAAAUUUCUAAUUAUCGGCUUUAAAGGAUGUAAUAAAUAUGCCAGAGGAAUUUCAGAAAAAUCGUUGGAGCAGAAGUCCGUAACUAAAAGUCGGUCAAAAUUCAGCUGUGAAAUUGUUUUGGAAUUUCAAAAAUAAAUUACUAUCAGGUAGAAGGAGCCACCAGUUUGAAUUUUCGGGACAAGUAAAUUCAGCGCUUGCUAAUUCUUAAAACAAAAGCUGAUUGCCUAUCGUGCUAUUCUUUAAAAGGUACUUUUUAGUUUUAGAAGAACUAUAAAUUGCUCCAAACCUUGCUCUGAAGUAGAAUGACUUGUUCGUCAACAGUUUUAAAAUAUCCCUUGGCAGUUUUGGCUCAAACUCCUGCUGCAUACAUUUUGAUGUAUUGCCAUGCAUUUUCAACGACUUUUACUGCCGUUCGUUGCUUCCAACUCAGGAAAAAAGUAUUGAGAUGGGACGCUACCUCGUAUCAGAGCUCAGAAAGAACUGUCCAGCACCUUUGUUUAUGACUACAAAAUGAGCACGAGCGGCAGUUCUGCGUGGAAUUCGCAACUCACCCAGGUGGGACGAACGACAAUGAUGACCAUGCUUGUGAUCCAAAUAACAUCACAGUGCAAAAUAAAAUUAUUGCAAAAAUACUGCCCGUUAAUAAAUUUACAACUCCGAAAUUUUUGUCACUCCUUCCUUCAAUGAAUGGGUAUUUUUGUCUUGAUUAUUAUGUUUUGCUCUGCAAUACAUGUUUAUACAGAUUGGUUCACAGACAUGGGCAUCAUUGUCACUCGUCCCCCCUGGCUGAGGUGCGAAUUCCUCGCAGAGCUGCCGCUCGUGCUCAUUUUCUGGUCAUAAACAAAGGUACUGGACAGUUCUAUCUGAGCUUCGAUACUAGGUAGCUUACAAUCCCAAUACCUUUUUCCUGAAUUGGAAACAACGUAAAGCACGAAAAGCUGUUGGGGAGGCUUUGCAAUACAUCAAAAUGUAUGUAGCAGGAGUUUGAACCAAAAUUGCCAAGGGAUAUUUUAAAAAUGUUGAGGAACAAGUCAUUCGAUGUCAGAGCAAAGUUUCGAGCAAUUUAUAGUGCUUCUAAAACUGAAAAGUACCUUUUAAAGAAUAGCACGAUAGGCAAUCGGCUUCUGUUUUCAGAAUUAGGAAACACACUGAAGUUGCUUGUCCCGAAAAUUGAAACUGGUGUCUCCUUCUUUCUGAUAGUAAUUUAUUUUUGAAAUUCCAAAACAAUUUCACAGCUGAAUUUUGACCGACUUUUAGUUACCGACUUCUGCUCCAACGAUUUUUCUGAAAUUCCUCUGGCAUAUUUAUUAUAUCAAUUAAAGCCGAUACCAGAAAUUUCAGUAAAAAAUAUCAGCAAAAUUUUUUAAUAGACGCAAUUUUCUUUGAACAGUAGGGUCCUUUUAAGCGCUAAUUUCUCAAGAAAUAUUUACCAUCAAUGAAAUCGGAAUAUUUCGUAUUAUUGCCGAAUGAUAUCUGUUGUUAAUUGCAAAGUUUCGCAGCCAUCGCGUUAAAAUCGAAAAAGUUAUGACGGAAAAUUUGUCACAGCUAAAUGCUCUUGGGUUAAUUACGGAGCCACCUUAAGGUUUAGGUCAUUGUAUGCAUUUUCAUGCCCCUAUUUUAUUUUUGUACAUUACAUGUACCAUUUAAUUGCAUCUUUCUCUAGAAUGCCUUGUUCAGCAGGCCACCUUUGGAAGUACACCAAGCUCUCUAAUAUUGUCAUAUCUUAAUCAUGGAAUUACAACCAAGGUAUUACUUGUUAUUAUAUAGAUGUAGAUCUGCAUGUGAAAAAUUAGUAGGAUUCAUUUCUUAUUUAGAAAUGGAAAUAAUGUUUUCUGGCAAAUUAAUAAAGUAAUAAUACAGUAUACAUGUAUGUAUACUGAUUUUGGUAAUGGGAAUAACCAUCAUGUCUUUCCACUUUCAAGUAGCCAUAGAGAAUACCCUUAAUGACAGUCCUACAUGUAGGUUAGGCGCAAAACUGUCAUCAAAUUGCUGUGAUUAAGGCAUUUAAAUUAAGUUGUACAUAAAACCUUAUUGACCAUACUUUUAAUAUAUUUAUUACUUUUGAUUGUACAUUUUUGUGGUAUUUUCUGGCACUUUUGAUAAAUUUAUAGUUAUGCAAAUAUGUACAUUGUAAAACGAAGGUGCACAUUAUAAAAGUAUCCAAUAGCCUGCAAGCAAGUUCUUCUGGGAGCUCUGGUGGCAGGGCGGAGAAAGGAAGGAGAGCUUGCAACUUCAUAACUGGAAUUAGCAUAUUCUCAUUGAAGAAGUUGUCAGCUGAGUUGACGGGGAGCCACAGCGGGAUUAGAGGUGGAAUUCAAAUUCCAGAGAUGUUGUUUCAAGCUCUCCUUCCUUUUCUCACCCCGCCACCAGAGCUCCCUGGAGAGCUUGCUUGUAGGCUAGAGUAUCUUUGCCUUGAUGACUAAAGCUAUGUUACAGAAUUGCCACCCUGUUACCAAGCAUGUUUUAUUUUUGCUAACUAGGUCAUUCCCUGUUCAUCAGCUCUGACAGCAGUUCAACAGGUACUCUCAAAUUUUAAUGCAACUUAUAAUGCUUAAGGCUCUUCAUUUUUACUUUUGUGUACAGUGGAACAUUGCUCUAUGGGAAACUUCCUAAUAAGUACACGUCACUAAUACAGACAGUUUUCUUUGUCUUCCGGGAAAGCUCUUAUUAUUUUCUGUAAUUUACAACCACUUAAUAUGAACAGUUACUAAUGUGGACAAGGGACACCUUUUUUUUCUUGGUCCAUCAACAGAUUCUUACAAAGGGUAAACCUUGCAAGGCUUGAAAUAGCAAAAUAUUAUAGCUUGCCAUUUUUUUAUUUUUGGUAUCAAUCAAUCAAUCAUUUGUUUUAACACAUUACUUAGAGGAGCUAAAGAACUUGUUCAAAAUACAAACCUGGGUAGAUCAUACAAUUUUGGCCUGCCACCUACUGACAUUUUUUGCUAUUGAUGAUAGUUAAGCUUAGAGAUAAGCCACCAAUGGACACACAAAACACACGCCCAUUUUUUGUGUUAACGCAAAAUUGUUAACUAGUUUGAAAGCACGUUUUUGAAACUAGCUCUCGCUUUUGUUAUUCAGUGUUUAAAGCUUCAUUGUUUUGGCUUUGGUUUUCCAAACAAAAGAAUGCAGCCUCCUGAAUUGCCGAUCUGAAAGAAUGGUAUUGAAUAUUCUAUUUCUUUACAGUAUAAGCAAAUUAAUUUUGAGCAUUUUUAGGGACAUUCUCCACAGAAAAGCUUUUUGGUGACAGUUGGAGACGUUUAGUUUGAUAAUGCUAAUGUCAUUUUACAUUACUUUUCAUGAUGUCCGUUUUUGCUUUCCAAUGUUGCCUUGGUGCCUGUAUUAAUGGGGUUCAGCUGUGGUGUAACUUAAGCUUCCUUCUUUAAAGAUGUUUGUUUUUUUAUAAUUAUUUUGCUCUCAUUUAUCUCUAUUUUAUUAUUAUUCUCUUUUUUAACCUUUUACCUUUUAUCAUGAUAGAAAGAGUUAUUGAUUUCUGUUUCUUACCUGGUGUCACUUUCUUAAUUUGUACCCUGGUAUGUUUAUUGAUUGAUAUAUGUUGCUCUCAUUCCAGUUUCAGAACCUCAUUAAACACAAGUGUCUGUCAGCUUUGCUUGAUCUUUUGCUUAGUUUUAUCCCAAGUAUAAGGUAAGGACAGAAGUUUUAAUGUUUCUCAUGGAUUUGCUGUUUUGGGAUCUUUUUCAGCAACAUGGACCUAGGCCAAACAUCAAACUUUUCAUGAGACAAACCAAAGUGUCGCAGAAUUUCACAGAACCAUUGUUUAGACACAUUUAACAGCACUAGGAGACCAUAGCCUGGAGUGAGCCUGACCCCCAUACCACACCUAUGUCACGGCGUUUUCUCAGACCUGUUUGUUUUUAGACAUAUUUUAGAGCAUGUUUGUUGGCGAAAAAGGAAUCUUAAAUGAGUUUGGAUCAUCCAACACAUUCUAUCCAUCUGCCUCAGAUGGUUAGAACUUCUAAAGAUUGUCUCCAGCACAAAAUUAGUGUUGAUCUUUGCAUGAAAUGAACUAAACUAAUCAAUUCAUGUAUUUUAUACUCUUAUAAGAGGCAAAUUGUAGUUGCAGAUACUUUUGGCAUCUUCUGAGGACUUAAAAGAUACAUAAUUACUUUUUUCCAAUUUUGUCUGCUUUAGUUGCCCAGAGACUAAUGAAGAAUGCUUGAGAUUGGCUGUUUCGUUGGUGAAAGUAAUAUACUGGCUUCUCAUUGUUGUUACAAGGCUGCUAAAGUUAUGCAUAGAGGUUUGUAUACUGUGCUGUUUUGCUUCAUCUUGUUUACAGACAGCGCAUUUUUUGUUAUAUCUUUUUUUUAUUUAUUACUACAACAACUUAACUCAUCAGCUUAUCAAGGACCUGAUUGGCCCAGAUUCUAAUAUGAAAAUAUACAUAUAUGAAAGGGUGGGAUACAUGUGAUAUUUUACAUGUAAUAAUUAAUGCAACCUAUUUGUAUUUCAACUUUAAUAAAGUAAAAAAUCAAAACAAACAAAUUAUCUCUGAACUCCAACUCACUACACAAAUGUAUAGGUUGAACAUACAACUACAAUGUAGAUGACCAUCUACAUCAGGUCAAUGAUUACAUUUGCUUAGUCUAUCAGGGCUCGAUGUUGCAACCUGUGGGAUCACCAAUGCGACUAGCUUUUACUCUGUGGCGGCUAAAUUUUAACGCCUGGUCACCAACCUGGCCCCCAAGAUAGGUGACUUUCUUCUUUUAGAAAACGUACACUAAUGAUAAUUUGUUAUCCUUGAGACCUAAAACUAAUAGAUAACGAAUGGUUUUUCUAACGCUCUAGCGUUUUGCCCAAAUGCUCUAACGGUUUGUCUAAAUAUUUUAACGAUUUGUCUAAAUGCUUGAACAAUUUUUUCCAACACUCUAACGGUUGUUCUUAUGAUCUAACAGUUGGUCCUUUUAACGUUUGACUUUUACUUGAAAGAGGAUUGUGAAAAUCACAAGUGAUGAAUUCGACGGAAGUCUUAUUGACUUUUGGGCAAAUCAAUCACAAUUCUCAACAGGUUGUCCCAUGUUUCUCUGGGAAUGACUUUUAGCGCAUCGAUUUAAAACAAUUUCUUUCUGUCAAACAUGUGUCUCGAUUGCGAACUCGAUAGCAGAUUAGUCUGAUAAAAGCUUAAGCUAAUUGAGAACGUACAAAUGGCACUUAUUUCUUGAGCUUCUUGUAAACAACUUUAUGCAAAUUUCUGUGGAGCGUGACAACCAAAAUAAAAGCUCUGCCGUAUUUUAUUGACUGCUAAUGAAGUACCGUUGAACUCAUGCUGUUUGUCUAACAAACUUCUCACAAAGUCAACUUCUUUGCCCGAAAACAUUAGUGACAAUUUCUCUUUCUGGAGACUUUCGAUCACGUGUUAGGCAACCACGAAAUAAAUCAAGUUUCACCAAUGUUCAUUUCUUAACAUGCAAAUACUUGGGAUGCAAAACAAAUUUUGCAGAUUUUGUUCUUUAAUUAACCCAAAUAAUUUUUUUUGUGAUUCCCAAAGUUUGUUUAUCUAAAUGUGUAUUCCAUUGCUUGAAUAUCUGUUUGGGGAGAUUUACGCUUGAGUGCAGGUUCAUUUUCGCGAACACGGGCUGAUAAUUGAGCCUCAAGCGAUAACCAUUCAAAGGAAGUCUAAAGCAUUCUUUUUCUGUUAAGGCUAAGUAAAAGAUGUUAAGACAGUUUAUUGUAUUUCAUUAGUUAUUAAAUAUAGUUUUUGGUGACUAGAAUACUUGUUCUGGCAACCAAAAAUGAAUACUUGGGGGCCAGCUAGGCCUAAGAUUUUUUUCUGAAAGAUGAUACAUGUACAUGGAAUUGUCACUAGGCAAUUACAGGUGAAAAGUUAAAAUUUAUUGAUGAUUAUUACCUAAUUACUCAUAGCUUAUUAUUAUUGAUAGUUUUCCUUACAUUGUAGGCUUUUUGUAAAGCACAGAAAAAGAAAUUUUUCCCAAACUCCAGAUGGAAUUCAUACUGUCUCAUGAUACUGAUGUACAUGUACAUGUAAUUUUGGGCUGGUUGCUCUUUUCCUUGAUCCUUGCAUGCAUGCAAACAGCCAUCCUCAUACUCCAUUUGAUAGUUAUAAAAUUUGUUUUUACCUUACAACACAGUCCCUAUGUCGAUCUGGGGGUGGUGAUGUUCCCUUUCACCUUUCCAAUGUUGGAAAAUGUAACAAAGCAUUUGGACAUCUCAUGGGAACAGUAGCCUACCGAGCAUUGGUCAUUGUAGGCAAAAUGGAGGAUCAAGGUUUGAAUGUUAACUGUUGUAUAAUCUGCAAUAAAACAACAUUUAAAAGUUUUCCCCCGAGUAUUAAAGCAGUAUCUUGGUCUACUAUACUUGAGGAAAAGAUGGGGCUGCUUGUAGUUCAUAAUAUAGUAAAUGGAAUAAGCUUUGGUCAUCUUCUUUGCUGCACACCAGUCUGUACACCUAAGUUUAAAGAAUAACAGUUUACCCAAUUUUUCUUGAACUGGCAGGCAGGAAACAUUUUUCACUAACUGAUGUAUGCAUUACAAAUAGAUGUGAUCUUUUGUAAAAUACAUGUACCAGUAUGAGGCAGUUAGAAAUACGGUUAUCAUAGAAUGGGUCGAUUGUGUUCACGUUGGCAAAUUGUACAGUGUUCCUCUUCAGAGUCAGUGGAAAGUGUUGUUCCUUAUCCUCUUCAUGGAUUUUUCCUUUUUGUUAGCUGCAGCCUCUGAACUGGACAGACAUUUACAAGCUCUUCUAAAGGACCUUGUUAUGACACAGCCUGAGGUUGUUAUACCUGAAAUCCAGCUUCAUUGUAAAGAACUCAUGGUUAAUUUCAACAGGUUUGUAUUAUUAUUAUUUUAAACUGCUACGUGUAUUAUACCAUGUACAUGUAUAUAUAAUAAUACUUCAAUGAUAAAUACAUUGGAAGCAUGAAUUUAAAUAGCACACUUACGUAACAUGACGAUGUUUGUUGGACUGUCUAUAGUAUAUAAAAGUACAGUCAUGUAAUUACAAAAUGGGUAUUUUGAAAUUAUUAUUAUUUUUUAAUUAAAGGAUAUCUUUUUAAAAUACAGGUAGCAGAUUUUCUCAAGAUUAUUUUCCUGCCACCGCUGAUACCUUAACACUUUGAAUGGCAGGAACACAUAUAUAUAAGUCCUAAAAGACAAGUUCCCACUAUGGAGGACGUAUAUACUGUAUACAUGUGUGUCCUCUCCUUACCUUAAAGUGGUGUUAUUUCUUCCAGUUGCUCAGCGUUUUCAUUCAUGGUUGUUUGAAAAGGUUUGAGAAGGAACAAUGUUAACCACUGACCUGAAUGUUUUUUUAAGACCUCUUGUAAGGAAGUCAUUGAAAGUUGCAUCACAAGGUGAUGUUGUGUUGUGAAAUAUUGAAAGGAGCUGCCAUGAUAGUUGUGACAACCUUGCCAGAUCACUUACAUUUUUACUGUAUCCAAUUGUUUAAUGCAAGAAUUACAAAAGAGGAGUUAAAAAGUGUUAUCAUUGCAAAAAAAAUAUUUAUCCAUUUCAUUGUAGUAUUAUAAGCAUUGUAAUGUAAAGUGCAUUAGAUCAUAUACCAAAGUAUUUUGCGCUAGAUAAAUAAUAAAGUUAUGUUAUGUUAUGUUAAAAAAUACAUUUUCGUGACAAAAUUCAAUAUGGCUGCCGGUUGCUAGGGGGUGUUUGAGUUGGCAUUCAAAGAGUUAAUAAUAGCUUGUAACAAAUUAUUACAGUCAAAGCAUGUCAAGCGUUCCUGUUGCUUGUGGACUAGUAAAUUCAUGGAUGGAAAAGUAAUUUGGUUUGUUGAUUCAAUAAUCCAUUCAUAAAAAUAAUGAAUAAUCUAAUAGUCAAAUUGGACCUUGAUUCAAUAAUAUUUAUUUACUAUUUAAAUGUUGAUUUGGUUUGUAAACAAAAUCUAUCUGUUCUUUAUUCUUGUCUGUUGCGUUCAAUCAUACUUAUUUACUUCCCUUUUCCAACCAUUUACGAUUACGUUUUUCAUUGCCUUUAAUCAAAAUAACAGGUAGAAUAGACAGACCCCAAACGUAAAGAAACUGACAAAUGCUGAGGAUCGAAAUCCACCAAUCACCGCACAUACACUGACCUCAGUAUGACCAUCGUGUUUUUUGAAGAGGUCAGGUCUGUUGUACUGAUUACUAGCAGCAAAAUGGCGUACAUGUAACAGUUCGUUUGGGUUGGAACUUCAGAACUCGCCCGCACUUGACUCUCAGAAUAUUGGAUUGUUCAUUUUAUGAAUGGGUUACUGGAUCAACAAACGAAAUCAUUUUUUUCAUUAAUGAAUUCAUUAGUUUGUUAGCGACGGGAACACUUGACCUGCUUUGACUGUAAUGACUAUUAUCACGUAGCUGAAUUAAUUAUGCAGAAAUUAGACGUUACUGUGCAAAAGCUUAGAAUUAUAGCACAAGGAAAUUAGAAAACACGACCAUAGUAACAAAAAGUCAAAAAAAGAAAAAAUAAUAGUGAAGGUAUUUGCUGCAUCUGAAUGGUCACUGUUAGUUUUAGUAGCUUAAACAUUUGAUUUGAAUAAGCCUUAGUGGGUAAAAUUAUUCAUAUUCCUAGAUAUGAACCUGUUUGUACUACUGCUAUUAUAAACAUAAAGUACUACAUUUUCUGUAGUAUUUAGGUUUCUAAAUCUGGAGUAACUGCCUAAGACCCAUUUUAUGAUCUAGUUUUAAUAAUAAUUAGUUUAUUAAUGUAGAUGUAACCUGACUUGUAUGACACCGUUUGUGAAUGCCAGUGUUUAUUGAAAGCCAAACUGUCUUUAAUUUUACUGUCACUUUCGGUUCUAACAUUUAACAAUUAUUGAGUAUAUGAAGUUGUAAUAAAAGGUUGACUUACAGUGUACAAUGUUGGGUACUCACCAAUGAUGCAGCAAGGAUACAUCUUAAGUGAAUUUGCUGUCAAAGUUAGAUACAACUGUUUUAGUUAAUGUGUUUUUGUUGAAGGUUGCAGACCUUAAACUCAUCAUUUGGUAGUGAUAUCAGCCCUGGACAUGUCCCUAAUAUGGCUGUUCAGAUGACCACUCAGUGUCAGGUCAGAGGAAAUUAUAUAACAAGCAGUUGCUGUUUACACACAGGCCAAUUUUAUUUGGUCAUUUUGAAAUGUAGACCGUGAAGGUGGUGCAGACUUUACUUGUACCCUUAAUGUUUCUUGCUUGAUGAAAGUUAAAGGAGUAAAAUACUUUCACUAGUUUCCUGCUUGUUUUUGUUGGAAGAUUUGUCAUGUAUAUUGAACCACAAUUUCAACUAUUACGCAGCUACCUUGAAACUGUUUACCACAGCUUUUCCUUAAACACAACUUGCCCAAAAGUACGUAAUAGUAAACAAGUCAUUAGGUUACACAAGUAUCUACAGCUGUAGUUUACAUAAGUUACGAGCUUACACAAGUUAGGAGGUUACAUAAAAAUUUUACACUCGGUCUCAGAAAAUCUGCUUGUAUUUUCUGAUGUAUUUCUUUACACGUGUGUUUCAUGCAUAUAUUUCUCGUGUAAAAAAUUUGUGUGCAAUAUGGUGGAUUUGCAUACAAGAAACGUGUGUGAUGCUGCAAUUCCGUGGCCUUAAAGUGUACAAGGUUACACAAGUUACAAGUUUAUGUAUUGAAGCUUAGUAAGGAUUUCUUAGUUUUGUCGAAAAAUUACUACUUUAAUUUACAUUGUAUGUCAAACAAGAAUAAUUUAGGAUCAUAGGGACUAUUGUAUAUUUGAUUUAAACAUAGUUGUACUAAAAAUAAGGGAAGAAAUAAGAAAAAAAAUACACUGGAAACUGUGAAGAAGUUAAAUAUGAAACAUGCAAACCCAGUCACAUCAAUUAAACCUAGCAGUUCUUUGGAAAAACGUUUUAUGGGUAUACUGGUUGUCUUUGAAAUACAAUGUAAACUACAGUGUGUUUGCUUCAUUUGCUAGAUGACACAUCUAAUAACCCUCUCAAUGUGCAAUGUGACAUUAUUACUGAUAUAAAAAAAAAAAUAAUGCUCAAUUUGGGAAGGAGAUAAGGAAAGCACAAAGGAAAUUAUAGAGAAGCAAAUUUCUCCCAUGUAGCUGUUUUUGUGCCAGACAUGUACAAAUUUGAGAGCUCUUGUGUAGUUAAUAUAUAGUAGUGUCAAGUAGUUACUCUUUUAGGAGAAAGUAUCCAGUCUGUUUGAUACUGUUGUACUUGAAUGUACAUGUAAGUAAUAUUUCCAUGUGAAUGCUAUUUACUAUUUCUCUACUGUCAAAUUUCAGGUCUUAGUGAGUCCUUCCUUUACUCCUGAUCAAGUUGCUGAUGUUAUGGACAGCAUAAUGCAUACUCAGGUAAACUCAAUGUCAACUAGACUGACUCAAUAAUAACUAGGUACAGAAAUUUUUAAAAGAAACAUCAAGUAUAAAUCCUAGCUGGUGCAAAGCAAACCAGCAGGCUAUUUGCAGGCGUGACUGAGGAGGUCAGUUUGAGGUUAUUAAAAAGAAAAUCCAAUAACGCCAGAAACCUUCCAGCUACUUGUGCCUCUGUAAAUGCAGGCCUCACCUGAUGAAAAUAUAAAAUAAAGUUAGUAACAACAGUAAUAAUUUUGAAUGACAAUAUAUGAAAAGACUCAUAUUUUUGAACUACACCAUCACCUUGAUAAAUUAUUACUUGCACAUUUUUCUUGGGGGGGGUGGGUAGCAUUUGUAUGCCAGCCUCUAAGGAGACAGUGAUUCUCAAACCCUUUGCUUUGUAUCAUUCAUUCAGAAUAUAUCACGACAUCAUCUGUACCUGGAGUUUCUGCGAUCAUCAAUUGUUGGUCUUUUAGAAGCACCUGAAAAAUCAAUGGAAGCAACAAUAUGGACAGGGUUUUUAUUUCUUAAGGUAAGGCAAUAAAAUUAUCAUACAGACUGGGUGAACAUGUCAUCUCGUCCAUAUCUGUUAGGUCGUUAAUUCUAUCCAUUAGGUAAGUGUAGCUGUAGCCGCGUUUCAAAUACCCAACAUACUGUACAUGUAUCACAUUAAAGUUGUACUGGCUGUUACAGUGCGACUACUAUAACCGGGGUCACCUAGACAAAAAAUUAGAUGACAGGAAAAUAACAAUACUCGGCAGUUCCGAGAAAGUUAGUUAUCAUUCCUUAUUACCACGGAACGAAAUCAACAACAUGGGUCGAAAUCAACCAAUUGCAAUCUACAGACGUGACCUUUGAAACCCACUGAAGAAAGCCUAUGUUUUCCGAGAGGUUCGUUAAAGUGUUGAUGUUGGCCUAAAAAGUAAAUGCCAUUCAUUAUUAUUUUUGACUUGAGGUCGCAUGUUUAUUGCAAUUUACCAACCUCAAAUAUUGAUUAUUCUAAUAGUAAUUUUUUUGCAUGUGUGAUUGUUCUGCCCAGAUUAGCAAAUGCUACUUGCAGACCAGUCUCUUUGUCUUGUAUAAUUUGCAGUUAUUUAUUACAGUAAAGUUGAAGUUGAAGUUGACCUUUUACUUUGUUGUAAAAUGUUUGAUAUCAAUAUGUAAAUUUUGAUUCCAGUAACUUAUUGUUUUUUUUUUUGAUGAGCUGUCGAUUUGUCGGAACCAACACCAGUUGCUGUUAUUUCCCUGUAAUCCCAUUGGUCAACCUUGUCCAAGUGGCCCCGGUUACAGUAGUCGCACUGUAAUUGUCAACAUUAUUCUUAGGAUUUAUUUAAUGAAGCAGUGAAUAAUUCAACUACCAGUACACAAGUAGGACCCUCAUGUAGACUAUAAUUUUGGGAUGAUGGUAAAAUCCAAGACCGGUUUGCUCGGGUGCCGAGACCUUUGAUUUUAAAACCCUAGACCUUAUAGCGAAGACUGUGCGAGAUUGAAAGCAUGAACACGCAAAAGCGAGAUUUACCAUGACUUAUGGAAAGCGCGCGUCGGACAAAGAUUUAAAGAUCAGAUCAAAAUUUUCCAGUACACUUGCAGGGUUCGUUCGGGUCAUGGAAAUCCGGGAAAGGUAUGAAAUUUAGGAAUUUCAUUUUCCAGGUCUGGAAAGGCAUGAAAUUCAAUUGUCGGUCCUGGAAAGUCAUAGAAAGUAAAAAUUAUGUGUGGUAGAUCCGUUAUUGCAUAUGUCAAAGCAAGGACAACGUGAGAUAGAGACGAGUAAUUAAACGACGCGAACAGCAUGAUUUUUGGUGGACACCAGAGCCUGUGUCUUUUAAACUAAGUUAGGUAAAAAAAUACCCUAAACAAGGAAAGGUUUUUCGAAUGUGACAGCUAAAGUUAAGGUCAUGGAAAACGUAAAAGGGGCAUUAAAAAGUAAGUCAUGGAACGUGAAGGGCUCAAAAGGGUGGGAAGCCUGCCUUGAUUUUCUAGGUACUAAUUUAAAACUGUAUCUUGGUUGUUUCGUUAAAGGUUCCAAUAGUGAUCCAUCUGUUAGAGAACAGAUCUCAGCUGAGUGUUCAGCUACAGGCUUCUCCUGGUGAACACUCCACAGUACAUAGUGCUUUUAAUCAGUUACUGCAGUUUGGUCCUCUGUUGGAUGAUGUAGAUAUUAAACUCAGGUUAGUUUUGUACUUAUAUAAUAAUGAAACACUUCACAACCGUAAACAUUGUCAGCCAGAGUGCGAACAGUUGCCUGCUGACAUGUUGAUGUUAGAAGUAAACGUUUGCGGAUAAUCUUUAUACUGUCGUGAUUAUUAAGAUAUCUACCAGAUGACUAAUGGAUCCGAUGUGAAAAUUACAUUGUUCAAGGUAAUAACGGAUACAGAAAAAGCAAUUAACAAAAUUAAUGUAUAACAGUGACCCAGUAUCAACUGUAGUCACAUGAAAGAUUUUGCAAUGUUGCAUGCGGUUUCAUUGCCAGUAGACCUGUAGAUGUCAUGUGAUCCCAAAGUAGCCAAUUCGAGUUCCAAUGUUGGGAGACAAAUCCCAGCUACAUAAAAAAUUCAUUUGUCGCUCUCAGUUCAUUUCCGUGUGAUAAUUAAGAUAUUGACUUCUUUGAUUAUUACAUGUACCAUACACGACCUGUUUUAACACUGCGAGUAGUCAUGUCAAAACAUUGCAUUCAUCAUUUUCACACAGACCAUAUUGCACCUUGUUUAGCCCCCAAAAUUUUGUUUAAUGUUUUUCUUCGAUUUCUCUUGGGACGACUGUAAUACCAAGGACAAAUUAGAAACAAUGCUUAUGCAAUUUUUUUUUGGUGAAGAGGAAGGGAGUAAACAAGGUGCGUUAUACAUGUAGUCUGUAUCACACAGACCAUAUUGCACCUUGUUUAGACCCCAAAAUUUUGUUUAAUGUUUUUUUUCGAUUUCUCUUGGGACGACUGUAAUACCAAGGAAAAAUUAGAAAAAAUGCUUAUGCAAUUUUUUUUUGGGCGAGGGGGGAGGGGAGGAGUAAACAAGGUGCGUUAUACAGGUAGUCUAUGUCUAUGUGAAAAUGGUGAAUAAUCUGCUAGGCUGCAUUUAAUAAUUGUGAUUGCAAGAGCAAAGCCUAGUGUUAAACUCACUAUAAUUCUUUAUUUCAGAUGCAACUGUUAUAAAGAAGUUGUCCUACAGUAUUGUAAGGGACUCAAUCAAGAGACUACAGAGAGAAUGGAACAACUCAUCUGUCAGAGGUUUGUUUUGUCAACAAAAUUUAUGACAUAGUUUUGCAAAAAAAUAAAAAUAAAGAAAAACUAACCAAGGAAUAAACCAAACGGAAACUAACAGAAACUUCCGUGAUAAUUUUCAAUAACGAUGUUUUUCUAAACAAGAACAAGACCAGGGGUCAAGGGUUUUAACAAGGUUAGGGUUAAUUCUUUAUACACCUGUAGCUAGCAGGCGCUGACCGUAGCCUUCGACACGACGCUAUAUUGCCACCACUAUAUUUCAAUAUACAACCCAGGGCUCGACGUUGCAACCCGUGCGGUCGCCAAUGCGACCAGCUUUUACUCAGUGGCGACCAAAUUUUUACGCCUGGUCGCCAACCUGGCCCCCAAGAUAGGUGACUUUCUUCUUUGGAAAAACGUGCACUAACGAUAAUCCGUUAUCCUUCACAAAACUAAAUCCAUUAAUAUAAUUUUUGGCGACCAGAAUACUUGUUCUGGCGGAAAAAAUGAAAACUUGGGGGCCAGCUGGCCCCAAGAUUUUUUCCUGAAAGUCGAGCACUGCUGAACCGCAACUUCGUUUCCUGGCAGCGGCGCGGCAGUCCAGCUGUUAGGCAUGAGUGAACUCAAAAAAAUGGUUAAAGAGUUCACGACCAUCUGAAGACGAAAUAGCCAAAUAUACUGUCUAAAACGGACCGUGACAAAUGCAAAAAUGCGCAAAAAAUGUCAUCUCCAUUUUUGGAAUAAAGCUUCUGUGCAUAUUCUGAAACAGUUUUAAGAAACAGGCAGUAGGCAGUUGUUUUGAACUAAAGAAAUUCUACCAGGAGGUAACCUUGUUAAGAACUUGGAAAUAUUUUGAAUAAAUAAUAAACCAAUUUUUUAAUUCGGCUUUCGCAUGAUCUGAAAAAUUAAAUAUAUCUUGGAGGCUGGUUUCCAUCUCUGCCUAUAUAAUAAGGACGUCGCUUCUCGUAUUUCUGAUGAUAAGGUGUUCCACAACUGACUACUACUGUAUGAAAACCUUCCUUAAAAGAUCAUGUUACUUAGUUAACAGUCAGUUGUGGUUACUUUACUUUGCAGGCAAAAAAUGUUAUCAUCUGAUCAUCGCGAAGUUCAAGAAUUGUUGGAAAGCCAGACGGCAUUAAAUCACCCUGCCCAUCAUGUCCAAGAUGCGGGUAAGUUAAUAGUUCUGAAAAAGAUACUAUUUAACAGUUGAAUUUACCUGAAGGUUGUGGCAUACGCCAAAAGCAUAAGCUAAGCUUUUUGCUAGAAGCUCUCAUAGACCACGCUCACGAUUGCUUUCUCGAGCCCAUUCUCGUUAACCUGAACCAGUUCUAGUUACAACCACUUUUAUGAAUUUCCGAGGUGGCCGCUUGUGAAUGCUUUGCCGACUUUCUGAAAAAGAAUUUCUUUCAUGACGUAUUCAUCGAAGUGUGUGAUUUUUAUUGCAGAGAACAGAAUACAAGAAAUAAUUUCAGUGAGUAUUAAGUACAUUGUACAUCCUAAAGGCCAUUCAUAAGAAAUUUCAGUGCGUUUGCUUGCCAAGAUAAGAAACGUGCAGACCGUUAAAAACUAAUUUUUUCCGUUGCUGAAUUUCUGAAACUUCUUGUAUCAUUACGUAUUUUCGAUGCUGAAGUUCUCAUACUUCUUCCACCAUUAAUUAUUCGAUAUCCUAGAUCUUUUUUGUCCUAUAAGUCACGAAAUAGGCUGUAAUGAUGCUAAACCUGCUUUCUUUCAACGAAAACAUGAGUUUUUAAAUAUUUCUCCUGCUGGUAAGAUUUUGAGGACAUGCUUUCCACUUUCUUACAAACUAUACAAUAUUAAUAAUAGGGAUGAGGCCUGCGGCAGCCCUGUCAACCAGUCUAUUCUUGUGAUCAUUUCCUUAUUCUCUUAAUUCUAAAAGCGUCAAUUUAACAAUGUAAUGAUCGGUCAGAACGUGAAUUUAUACAUUCUCGAGCAACCCAAUUCUUCAAUUCUCUAGGCAGGUUUUCGUGGAGCUUAGUGUUGGUAAUGUUCUUAAUCCACCUUAAAAUAAAUGUAUAAACCUUUUUUUAUAAUCUAGUUGUAUUCUUUCAGGCUCUGGAGUCUGAUCUCAGCAGUCGGGAUGAGAAAUUUCUGGCUCCUCUUCUAAAUUUGGAGAAGUUUAGGUGGAUGACAGUUGCAGCAGCAAGUGUGGGAAAACUACCAAACCUUAUUAGAGGACUUGUUAAGUACGACUUUUAAAAUACCUUUUUAAAACGUUUUCACAGGAAAGGGUAAUAAUUUUGUAUAAAAUUAUUAUCCUGACUGUGUUUAGUGUGUAUGUGGAGACUUCUUAGGAGAGUGCGUAGCGUUUGAUUUGAUGGUUUAAUAGAAAAGGAGGUGCGAUUUUGCUCCAUGAAAGCCCAAAAAGGACUUGUGUUAUACGAUGCAGUCUUUCACUUAGGCUAAAUUUCGAGGUAUCAUUUGUUUGACUUCUUACUAAUUAGUACUUAAUGGGUUAUUCUUCCAUUUUCAAAGUGCUUCCACUCUACUAAUUUAGGGGUAUCCCUGCAUUGCUCAAGAUGUACCUUUACUAAAAUUUAACAGACCGUGGUUGAUCAACAAAUCACUUUAUGGGUUUUCAUGUGUUGUUUUAAGGAGCAAGGAUUGGCACAGUUGUUUAGUGCGCAACCGUCUGUGUUAGAGGUGUCGAGUUCGAUUCUCAAGCUAUGCGCAAACGGACAGAACGACUCCAAACAAUUUCGGGACCUGCAGUGUAUCGUGGGAAGGAUACAACCCGUAAGACUUUGUGAACUCCAAGGAGACCAUGUGUAAUGAGCGUGCGAGGCCCCAACAAUGUUAUCAAAACUGUGCAAACGGAUCCAACAUUGUUGCGCUACGUGUCGGCCAUCACGGAACAAAAGAAAUGUAGGGAGUUGUUGGCUCAAAAGUUUGACGGGUUUUCAAACUUUGCGCAAUAAUUCCAAACAACACGCAACAACAUGCAACAGGGUGAGUAAACGGACGCAGCAUGUUACAUUCAACAGUGCUGGGAGUUGUUGGCCAACAAUGUUGCGUCCCUUCGCACGGGGCUUCAGGUGUGACCUUAAAUCCCUUUUUCGAUUUCUUUCUUCACCGUGUAGCUUUCUAUCUAUUUCGGGUGCGCCCGCACCGUUUUAACAAGUCUGUCCCAUUCCCGUCUGUUGGCCAUGACAGGUGAAUGAUCCUUUCUCGUAAGACCAGUGUCACACUCUGGUUGGUCAAUGAGCGUCUGCCGUGUUUUGGUUCCCAAAGAAGUAGUUGGGAAACAAUCUCAUUCUUGCCUCUCCAACAGUGGCCACUUAACUGCAUACCGACGUUGGAGGUUUUUUGAAAUUGAAGGCAGGUCCCCAUAGAGCUCCUUGUCAGACUAUGAUCUUCCCAGCUUACGUUUACGUGUAGCUUUAAGUAGCUUUUAAUUCCCGUAAAACGGAGCACUAUGUAAAAGCAGUUACCGUACAUGACCUAAUAAACGCCUGGGGGUCUGUUUAAUUUUAGGGGUCCAAGAGGGGGCGUUUUUAGAUAGGAGACGUUUAAAAGGGAGAGGUGGUUAUUCUCACGACUGUAACAAUCUCAAAAAAACUAAUAUUCUUUCGGCGAAAAUAUCAAGAGCGUCUGAAAAUAGGAUUCCAUCAAUUGAUACGUAUAGGCUGUCUAGAGACCACAUAGCUUUUUCAAAUCCCAUUCGACGUCAGAAUCUUGGCUAAGUGGUUAUAGUGUCGCCAUCGUUAGUCUAUUCUUACUUUGAACUUAACAUUGAACAAGAUGAAAUAUGCAAACUCUGAUUAAUCAAGCAAGAAACUGAAUGAAUUGAAUGAUUUUGCUCCUUUUUGUUAAUUCCUAGUAUUUUGGAUUAAUUCUCACAGUCUAUUAGACAGGGACGUUUAUUAGAGAGGGGCGUCUGAUACAACUUAACGGCUUCGAGGGGCGUUUAUUAGGGAAGAGGCGUUUAUUUAGAACUGGGCGUUUAUUAGGUCUUUUAAGGUAUACGUUUUGCACUUGCAAAAGUAAAGCAAGUUGAUGUUUUGCGUAAAUGUAUUCAGUGACGAUAUUUUUGCUUGCUAUUUCAUUUCCUGUAGAGUGACUGAUCAAACUGUUCAUGCUGCCACAGACAUGGAAGAUGGUUAGUUUAAAAAGAACACGUACACUGUAUACUUUGCACUUAUGAUGGGCUGCAUUUGGCACAAAAGAAUGUUUCUAGGGAGGUUUAUUUCCAGUUUCAGAAAAAGAUAGCUUCUCACUCUGCCAACCAGCUCACUUCUUAUCCCUAGCGUUCCUCUUAUUUUAUUCUCGUGUCACUUCCUUUGCCGUCUCGUACGCUUUGAAAAGAUCGACUCCACGAGUGACUGCUUAGUCUAUACACGGCUCUUUCUUUGUGUCGUCACGAAACGCUUCUCCCAACAAACUACCUUGAGGUGAGGAGCGUUUCGUGACAACCUUAAAAAAACUGCGUAUAAGAGGAAUGACAGCUGUGCAGGCUAAGCUUUUGGGAAUAGGUGUUGCGAGACGUGGAAAAUCAUACAAAAGAAUCCAUGAUUGCAUUUGAGUUUUUGCGUCUGUUUUGCAGUUAAAAGAGGAAAUAUCAGAGGAGAACUGUUCAACACAUCGUUUUUGCUUUUGUGUCAUAUUGGGCAGGUGUAUGGCCGAAAGGUGUGUACUUUAUUAGCAGGGUAACGAGGUGAAGAGUUUCCUCAGAGGAUUAUUCAUAUUUGAUGGAAUUGAUCAUGUAAUAAUAAUCCCGCGUAGCUGGCGGAAUUGUUCGUCCUCGCAAGUGACGUUUUGGUAGCGAAGCCGCCACUCGCGCCGCUUUGCCAAAAAUUUAUUUCAAAGCGUCUCUUCGCCAUUCUCGGCGUGGAUUCGCAACUCCUCUGCCUUAAUACGCGCACUGACGGUAUGAUCUCCGCCAACUACGCAGGCUAAACCAUUCAAUGACCAAUGCACUCUCCAUCUAGGGAGCUGCACUUGUUCUCAGCUGAACCAAUUUUCACAGCGGUGCCAAUCAAUACGUAAACCGUCAAAUAACGCGAAAACUUUACGUUUCAGGUGAUUUUGGAUGUCGUAAAGACUCGUACACCAACUCCGUUCGUUGUGGAGUGGAUUUCACGUUACAUACCUGACAUCGAAAAGUGGAGAGCUUUUAUUCCUGAUACACAGCUGCAGUCAACAAACCAAGCUGCAGUCAAUGAACUGCUAGAUCAAUUCUUCAGUAAUUCAGCCUUCCCUGCCAGGUACUACUGCAGUAGUCUUGUAGCUGGUAUGUAAGUUUAGAGGUUAAUACUAGGAAGUCAAAGCAAUGACGUUUUUCAGCGACGUACGUCAACCGGAAGUGGACUUUUUGCAUUCUUGGACAGUGGUUUUGAUCAGAUAUUUGCACGGGCAAAUCGUCUCUAAAAGAGUAAAGACAAUUGGCAAUACAAAUUUACAUGAGUGAAGGCAUGGCCUCAGUUUCGUUCAGUGAGAAACGUCUUCGCUUAAGGUCCCUUAUAUUGAUUUACUGUGCCGACCGAUGAUAAGAAACGAGAAAGUUUCUUCCUCUGUUUUUCAAAGCUGAAUUGUUUGUUUGGUUUUUCGUCGAGAAAGUGUCGCAAACGGAUUCAUCGAUGGCUGCGUUAGAUACCGGCUCUUACGGCGAACUAAAGGAAAAACCUUGUAACAGUUCAUAUUUGUAGUAUUCGUGUUCUUCCACUGCCGCUAUAAAAAGCAAAUACAGCUGCUAAUAUUUAAGUUAUACUGAUCUUCAAAAUUUGUUCUUGGAAAUUUCAUACCCUGAUUUCUUUAAGGUCGAAAAGUUGUGCUGACAAGUGGACAUGAGUGUUGUAGGUUGCCGUGAAAGGUUAUCAUUUUUGUUCAACUUUUCAUUUCUUUUACUCGUCAGCCAAGUAAAUUGGGAUGAGCACUGUGUGAACGUGGCCAACGCUAUGCAUCAUGUGAUGAAGGCUUGUCAGUGGGAGUCCAAAGCCGUCACCCCUGAUCAUGAUGAAUUACAGGUACUGUGAAUCAGUAAUCAGCCCCAUCAUGGUUGUUAACCUUUUUAUUUAGGUGCUGGCAAUUGUAGUCUUAAAUAAGCGACAGGUAGUUUGUUGCCUUUAAUAAGUUACAGAUAGCGUUAACUAGUAGUUAGUCUCAGGUAAUCCGUAUAAUCAGCUUCAGAUAAAUGAAAUCUGCAGACGGUUACGGUUAAUAAUAGCUACAGUGAUUACACUCUUUAGUAGGAACAUUGUUAAAUAUAAAACAUAAUCAUGGAUGAUGCGACGUACGGAUGUACUUCGGUAAUAAGGACUUACAGACAGUGUCAAUGUGGUGUCCGUGAAAAGCGGGCUAUUGAAAUAAGGUUGGGGCAAAUAUUAUUUUAUUGAAAAAAAAUAUAUAUCAAAUCAAUAAUAGACAGUUUUAUUUAUUCAAAAUAUUUCUCCGUUUGUGAUUGGUUUAAAUCCCCUGGCUAAUUCAAGACUUGAUUUCCUUGUUCUAAGAUUUCUUCUGUAUUAUAUCGUUUGUAAGGAGGCAUAUCUCCCUCGCGGUUUUUUUUUUUUUUUAAUCAGGCUUUUUAGACCUUUUUAAAUCUUUGGGGGCUAGUUUCAGAAAACACGUUAGGAUAUUUAGUUGUGUAACAAAGCCAUGGAAGACAACUUUUCGACAUUUCCGCGCUUUGACUGUCUAUCAGACCUCUGUUCUUGCUGUUCAUUUCUCUGUAUUAUCAUACCGUUCUAUUGAAAGCCUGUUAGCAAACUCUUUGUCCCGCCGAGCUGUUUAAAGACUGUCGUAUUAAUCUUCAUUGCCUUUCUUUGUAGAAACUAUUCGAGCUGCUGAAGUACGAGGCCCCUGCGCUGGCAGUCUGUGCUUGUUCAUGGUGCUGUGGACAUAUCCAUACCUUAACGGCAGAAGAGAGAAAACAUCCGAAACGGUAAAAAGUUAACGUCUCUCAUAACCGAUUAAGACAAGCCUGAAGCAUUUCUUUUGAUACCAAUACAACUUUGGCUUAAACCUACUUCGCUCCCUAAGAAUUAUUUCAAAAUGAAUUUUCCGCCUUAUUGUAACUUUAUCCAAUGCAUAAAAUACGUGUUAUACAUUGUUAUAUGGGACAAUUUGUUGUGCUGAAGACACAGCCGAUCUCCAAGAGGACUUGUAUAGAUUAGAAGAUUGGCAACAAAAGUGGAAGAUGGAAUUUAAUCCUUCAAAGUGCAAGAUCAUGUGUUUUACAACCAGGAGAGAUCAACCAAAGCGGGAAUAUGUAUUUUGUGGACAAAUCCUAGAAGAAGUGGAAUCUCACCCUUAUUUGGGGGUAGUGCUCGAUAACAAAAUGAGGUGGUCACCACACAUUGAAACAAUCACAUCUAGGGCAAAUAAGGUCUUGGGACUUAUCAAGCGAAAUCUGUGGAAUUGUCCAAAGUCAGUGAAAGAAACCGUGUAUAUGACACUUGUGAGGCCAAAACUCCAGUAUGCCUGUAGCGCAUGGGACCCACAUUACCAGAAAGAUAAAGCCGCUCUAGAAAGGGUACAGCGGAAAGCAGCCCGCUUUGUCACUGGAAAUUACGAUCGAACAACGAGCGUGACGGAAAUGCUGCAAGACCUACAGUGGGACACACUUGAAACAAUGAGAAGACACGCAAGGCUCUCCACUAUGUACAAGAUGUGCCACGGCCUCCUAGAUGGGAACUGGGGGGAUUAUUUGAAAACAAGCAAAGAAAGGAGAACCCGGGGAAGCCAUGAUUUUAAAUUUAUUGUACCGAAAGGACAUAAAGAUAUUUUUAGAUUUUCUUUUUUUCCCAGGACAAUAACUGAAUGGAACAAACUUCCAGAAGAAACUGUCUCCAGCCAAUCCCUCUGUAUUUUUAAAAGCAAACUAAUUUAGUUUUCUUUUUAUCAGUAGUUUUUUAAUAGUUUUUAAUAGUUUUUUUAAUAGUUUUUAAUAGUUUUGUAUAUUCUAGUAUAGUUUUAUUUAUUAUUAUCUUAGAGUUGGCGUGAUGUCCCAAACGAUUUUGCCGACAUAACGAUAUUUAGAUUUAGAUUUAGAUUUACGUGUGUAUUUAACUCUUAUCCUUCCAUGCACUGUCAUGUGAAUCGUAGGGAGUAAGCCAAAGUGAUUAUAAGGUUUUACGUCGCUUCUUCGUUUUGGAAGUAAAUGUUAGGAUGUGUACAGAACUUAAAAAACUAAAAUGUUUUCACACCUCUUGUCUUAUUCCCAGAUUAGUCAGUUUCCUUUUGAGACCGGUCAAUCCCAAAGGGUUUCCCCAGGGAUUUGUUGACAGGUAAGCCACUCUUUAUAAUGAAUAAGAUAUUAUAAGCCUUAAAAUCUUCUGCUCUCAAUAGUGGCCAGAGUCACACUCCAAGAGUAAUCCCAAAUUCUCUUUCAUGCACACAAAAUGUAGAAACUGAAAAGCGUAUACAUGUCCUGCCUUGUGAAAGUACUGCUGAAGAGGUUUCAUUUGAAUGGUCACAGCACAGGGCCCAAAAGUCACAACUACGAUAUUAUUGGUGGUUUAAAAAGACCACUAACAUCAGAUAGCAGCGGAAGAGAAAAUUUAUCUGAGGAGGCCCCUCCCCUAUCUGAGGCGGUUUAUUUAUUUGUUUGGCGGGGGGCGGGGGCGGGGGGAGCGCUUUUUACAGAGUGGCAGUUAUUCGAGAAAAUUCGAUGGAUGAAAUGGAAAAUUAUUCAGUAAAUGGUGGGUUAUGUUACUUAUCUUUUAUUUAUCCUGGUAAAGGUGUUCGAUGCUGCUUGAAGUCAUGGAGAGAAUGUCACUGAGCGUUGAAGGAAAAGGUAACACGUAUCAGUUAAGAUUGUAAAGGAGAAAAAAUUUCAAACAUAUCAAGAUAUUGUCAAUUAUACCGACCUAAAUUCAUUGACAAAACAUUGAACCUUUUGGUCCAGCUGACACGUUCGCAGAUUGAGCGGAUGCUUUACUUGAAUAAUCGUAAAAUAUUCGGCGUGACAAGCUUGCGUUCCACUGGGGUGUGGGGAGUGUUAAGUUCUUGUGCCGUGCACUUCAAGCGAAACUUAUCGGCGCGCGUUGGUGAUCCUGAAGCCACCGAAAACUGUAGAGUGCAAUAAACAAAGUACUCGGAUACUUGUUGCUUAGUCAAAACUGGGAUUUUUUAAACCCAAAACAUAGGUCCAAGUUCACAUGUGAGGAAUCUAAUGGUAGAAAUAAAUGAUCUCGCUCAUUAGCAUUAGGUUUGUCUAAUGAAAGGUUCGAGUUUUGACCCUGGCCUUUUCCUUUUUUGUUUUGUUUUGUUUUUUCUUUUUUGUCAGGUAAUACGUUGGACUGUGGUAAUCCAAUUUUAGUUGGAAAACCUGUCCUACAAGUAAGUAGCGCGGUUAUGAGCAACAGCUGUUAAAAAAGAUUUUUUUAAACCAAAUAGAAAUUAAAUAUCAGCUAGAAAAAUUGUGUUAUUGAUCAACUUUGUUUAGUUAUACAGCCAAUGUUGUAAGAUACACUUCGUCUCUUCCCUCUUUUUUAAUUCCUUAUUACGUAAUUAUGUACUUUUUGUGAACUAUAACAGUGUGAUUUAAAUAAAAUAAGUGAAAAGAAAAAAAAGAAAAAAAAAACAAAAAACAAAGAUUUUUAAACAUAUUUUAAUUCGACAGCUUAGUGUAACGUUGAAAUCUCGAGCAGCCCUGCAGAGCGUGAAGGCACUGUUACGUGAAUUUUUUGUGAUGUUGCAAAGUAAAGUUAAUGUUUUGAAAUUUUUGUCUGUCGACAGUCUCUGACAAAGUUGUUCAUGGAUGUUGUCAAAGUGCGGUGUCUGGGCAGUAACAAAAUUGAACAGUUUAGAUAUAUUUUAACCGUUGGAGGAAAGGAAUGGUUCAUUUACAGUUUAAUCAAGGUAAUGAAGGCUGUCCUUAUGUUUCUUAUAUCUUCUGCCUCAGCACAAUUACUAGCCUUGUUUUUCCAUGUGCCCUUAGGCUGUGAACAGCAAACAAAAAUGAUAGCAACAUGAGUAGUGACAGCCAUUCACUGUCUUGUCACGCAAAGCUCCUCGGAACGUUGCGUGACGUGACGACAAAAUGAGCUGUUCACGAGGACAUUAUACCAUCCAAUUUUUUUAUGAACGCGCCGCUGAGGUGGAACCAAUUUUUAUUCAACGGACGUGUGCUUUCAAAAAUUGUUCACAGAAUUCUGUUUUGUAUGGCGCAGCAUCUUUUUUCUCGGUAAUUCAUUUUGAUGGUUUGGGGUACCAACGUUGCUGAGGAAGGAUUGUUAACAGCGAUCAGUGUCUUUCUCUGUUGUGCAUUAAGAGAUUCCCGACUUGAAACACGGCAGACUGCAGCGUCCACUGUUGUUAUCUUUGUGGUUGCACAUUCUUGUCUCCGUGGGCCAGAGAGUAUACUACUUACAAACCUUUUAUAUUUAGUUCAUGAGCUCUUUCUUUUCUUAGAAGUUUUUUUUUCUUUCCUUUUAACUAAAAUGUUUUAUUUUUUUAUCAGGAGGUUAUGAAAUUCUCUCGGCACGACGAAAUGAUACGAGCAGGUAAUUAAUUUUUGUUUGCGUUUGGCACUACAAUCUAUUGUGGAGAUCCUUUGUAUUGUUAUAUGUAUACUCGAAUUUUUUGGUGAAUUAUCUUGUAUUCAACAGCUGACGUUGCCAGUUCUCUUCUGAUGUUUGACGCCGAGGGCCUGGUGCCGUGUCUUCUUCAGCAGGUUCUACCACUGAUCGUGAAUCAUGCAGACGCUGAAACAAUUUUAGGAGAUCCAAAGGUGUGUACCAAAAAAUACUACUGUUACUCUUACUUUAAAUCUCCCUUCACAGAUAAGAAUAAUCCAACCAAGGAUUUGUGACCAGAACAAAGGUGUCACUCACCAUUUAAGGGAGAAAACUCCACUGCUGGUGAGCUUAUCUCUGGACACUGUAACUACCAAGAGACAUUCUUUACAGCAUCAGUGGAAAAUUUUACCGGCCACAGUGAUCAGUUACAUCCCUUUGGACAAAAAAAAAUUCGUCCAAGAGAAACUGGCAGGAGUUACCGCAUCAGUUAAUACCAUUAUCCGCCAUGACAAUGAUAUGACCGUGACUUGUGUUACCAUACCAAAUCCCUUAGUUUCUAUCCAAGGACCCCGAUUGGGAUUCUUCUCAUUUCAGUAAUCACUGAUUUGUUGUUCUCGCUAAGUUCGGGGAAAAGACAAUGGAUGUUCACGUGAGAGCUAUAUUUAACCCUUUUACUUCCAGAGUGCUUGAUGGAGUUUUGUAAGGUGACUAACUUUUGAGUCAAAUGAAAGCUCCCUGCCUGUUUCAUAUGAUGCUAUUUGUUUCUCACAAUUUCAGUUAAUGAAAUUUGGAAAUUUGGUCCAAAUUUGCCCUUGGGUACAUGUGGCAGUGAAAGGGUUAAAUAGAUAAUUGUGCUUUUCUCCAGGGCUGGGCUCUUGCACGGAUGGCAGCACACGCGGUGUGCCUGGGACUGAAUAUUGAACUGACGCGAUCAAAACAAGAUUCAAGUGAUGAAGGAGUUGAACGGUAAGGAGUGUCGGCAAAAUUCAAAAUGUGAAACAUGAACGUUUUUUUCUUUUCUCGUAAGUAGGCAGAAAAAAGCAAGCAAAAGGAAAAUCAUAGUCAAACUAUAGAAACGUCGGGCCCCCAAAAAUGAAAUAGCAAUACAAUACAAUUUUUUUGGAAGAUGAAGCCCUCUCACGUUUUUUUGAAGGCUUGUCAAAAUAAGCACAUCAUCUCGUAUAGCUUACUUUAGGAUGACUCCUUUGGACGAAGACGAAACCGCAGAAGACCUUUGUUUACUAGUGUAUUUUUCUCAAUGAGGCUUCUGUUAAGUGACUGAAGUUAAUUGGCAAGGGCGAAGGAGGAAAGGGCAAAAAGAAUGUUAGACUCAUACCAUGAACCCCAGAAUAAGAUGGCCAGGUCAGUAAUAUUGCCUCCAAGAUAUGUGACGGUCAUUUUGCUUGACCGGCCACUAAACAUAAAAGUAUACCUUUUUUUCGUGUAUUUGGCUCGUGUCCUUUCUUUGCGUGGUAAGUAGUAAAGAGCCUUUCAUCUUCCCACGUUCAUGUAGAUUUGUUCAUUAUUAGGCUGUGGAUCAUUGUGACCAAAAAUAUUUGGAAUAAAAACUCAUUCGUGUCUUUACAGACACUUGUUGAACAUGAGUAUAUUUGCAUUUUCUUUAUAAAAUUUUAUUUUAAUGGAUUUUUCUAAACAUAAAGUCUUUUCAAAGCGAAAUAAUUUAGCAGGAUUAAGAUGCAAGGGCAAGCAUUUUACAUUUUAUUUCUUUUUUAUGUUUGACCUCAGUCCCGCAAAGAUGAAGCGACUAGAAGGUUCAUCUUCAUGUAUUCAACAGGCCUUAGGUAUGAUCGAGUCUUGUGUUUGGUAUAGCAACUAACAAAGUUCAUAUAUAAUCUUAAUCAGUGUUUAUCAGGGAAGCUUGUGUUGUUCGGAAUCUGAUUAUAAUUGUUCUUUCUUUUGUUAGUUCGCCUUUGUGAAGAUUUUAUUGCUAUUAUUAAAUCUACUGAGGUGGGUCCUGUGCCAGCAUUGCUGGUUUCCUUCCUCCAACAAGCUGCUGCCGGCACUGGUGCAAAUGUUGGGCCAUUAUCGGGCUAUAUACCUCAAGACUUGGUAGGUCAAUUAUCUGUUGUCCUGAAAUACUUAAACAAACGAGCAGAAAGCUUAAAGAAGCCUAAAUUAACUCAAGCUAAUCUGGAUUUCUCCUUCAAUGCGCACAAAUUAUUGUAGAUUCGACUUUUAAAAUCGAAAAUCUUACUUGUAAAUUUGGCGCCAAUAUAAACAACCAAUUUCAGUAGCCAAACACCAUAGCCUGCUACUGACUAUUUUGAGGUGCAGGUGAGACUGGGUCGUCGUUGUCUCGAAUUGUACUAUGGAAACGUUUCAAGGUUGUACAGGAAACUGGGUCAAAAUUAGUCGCUUAAAAACAGUCCCAUAGUGCAGCCAGUCUAUACAAAACAGGCCCAGUCUCAAGCAGAACCUCACAAUAACAAUGAAAUAAAAGCAUAGUACAUGUGGUCAUGACAUGUCACAUUAAAUUUUAGCGGUAGCUAAACAAGGAAGGAAUUUUUUUUGAAAGGGCAGAACACAUUUAAAGAACCGUAGUAAAUGGCCACACUACUGUCUAAAAAAUGAGCAAGAGUAGCAAAAAUACUGCUCAACGGAUGACAACGACAAUUGAAGGAUGUCUGCUAAAGUAUACAUAUCUUCAAAAACUGGCGAACGGUUGUUGACUGGGUUGGAAAUAUUUUGAGUAAUAAAGCAAUUGGAAUCGGCUUUCGUAUGAUAUGAAGACUUAUGCAGAUCCUGGAGGGUGUUAUCCUUCGAGGCCGAGAACCCUCCUCGAUCUGCUUAAUUCUUCAUAUUAUACUGAGCCUCACCCAAUAAUUUGUGAUUAUACUGUUUAUCUUCAGAUGGUUACGAAUAGACACCUUUUGCGGUUUAGCGAUACGUUCAUAAUACAUUCUUUUUAACUAACAUUUGACAUGUUGGUACUUCAAGGUUACGGAAGUACUGGAGUUAUCUCCAAGUCUGCAAGGUACACCUGAAGUGCUUUUGGGUCUGUGCAAUAUGAAGACUACUGAGGGAAGACAGCUUUGUGCCAAAGCUCUUUGUAACAACAUUUAGCCAAUAGGCCAUCUGUCAGCGGCUAAUACCUUCUGUGCCUUCAAAAGAUUGGGCCGUUUCUGGUCAAUUCGCAUGUAAAUUAAAUAAAAGAACUCUUCAUCGCGCUCAUAGUUCUUCAUGAAGAUAUUGACUCACGUGUACAAAGUCAUCUUUUGUGAGGAUAACAAACCACGCCUUCUUUUAAUCAAGUUUUUAACUUGACCAGAAGACUAGUAAUUUAUUCAGUUAGCUUUUUAAAAGAAAUCAUUGUAUAGAAAAAAACAUCCCUUAAAAAACCGUUGUAAAAAGAGAAUUAGAUCAGUUAGCAAUACUAUAGAAGUAAAAUACUCUGGGGACGUGUUUGAAGAUGUUCUAAACACUCACAGCACGUGUUUAGUAUCAGGUCUGAAACUCAUCGCGCUUCUCGCU